CGAUUUCGACUGGUUCAAUCUGGGUUCAAUCGAUUCACCAAUCCUGGCUAAGAUCAUUCCAUUCAGAGCGUGCGGAGUUCGACAGUCUUCAAUAAAGGCCAUUCUUCUUCCAAGAUCGAGACCCUUCCAUACUACCACGGGCCAGUCUUGCAGUGCCCCAGUCAACAGUAUGCCUAAAGCUCAGAAAACAGCAUAUUAUGCCGUGCGUAAAGGACGUACGCCAGGGAUAUACCCAACAUGGAAUGCGAGGCCCAAGUGAAAAACUUCCCCGGUGCUGCCUACAAGAAGCUCGCCACCGAAACAGAAGCCCUUGCGUUUAUGACCACAGACUCACAGCUCAACCCUCCUUCAAGACCGUCCUCGUCUGCGGUAUUGCCUCCUGCCAUAAGUCCGCCACGGAGCGUGGCGUCAACAUCGUCGACAUUCCGCCCUUCGACUGCUGUUGUUGCGAAUGUCAAAGAAGAGAUUGGCUAUGAUGUUGUCUAUUCUGAUGGUGCAUGUAAAGGAAACGGACAACCUGGUUCGGUUGCGGGUGUGGGCGUGUGGUGGGGUUGGAACGAUCCCAGAAACAUCGCCGAACGAUGUCCUGGAGAUCAAACAAACAAUAGGGCAGAACUCAUUGCAAUCGUUCGGACAUUGGAGACCGCGCCAUUCUCCCAACGUCCGCUCAUGAUCAAAACAGACUCAAAGUAUUCCAUACAAUGCUUUGAAUCCUGGUUUUCAAAGUGGAGUGCAAACGGCUUUCGAGCGGCUAACGGCCAACCUGUCAAGAACGCUGAACUGAUCAGGUACUUGGCAGCACUGCUCUACGCCCGGGAAAGGGCAGGACCGAAAGUUGUGUUCAAGCAUGUCAGAGGUCACGUUGGAAUCGAAGGCAACGAGUGCGCCGACCGAUUAGCUAACGAUGGUACUCUAAAACCAGAGCUGCCGGAACGGGAUUGGGAGCAGCUAAUCCUUGACUUGGAAAAGAAGCCAACGACCUCAAGGAUGAUGCCCGAGCCAGUCAAGGUAACAGGCAAGCUAGUCACAUAGUAUGAUGUGGCUAAGCCAAUUCCAUUGAAGUCACACACAUCUACGUCGCGACAGGCCACUGCCAUAUCUAUUGGCUCCUCUAGCAGGCUUUCACGGCCAACACGUGUUGCACUUCCUCCAAGAGAACCUACGCCCGAACCAGUGUGCCUCAGUCAAGCAGAGUUAGACGUCAGUAGUCAUUUCAGGGUCUUAUUGCGCUCACAAUUACGUGUCCAGGCCUAUGCAAGCUGCCUCCUGGAGAUAGAUGACUUGGAAUCGGAUUUAGGCUGACUUUCGGAGUUUGCCCUAUA